CUUGAACUGCGUGCUUGGUUUUCAACUCACGCUUAACGCUUCACCUCACGAAUCCUCUAUUCAUCUUCUCCCUUUCUUCUAAAAUCUACCCGGUCAACUCAGGAAAAAAGAAAGGAAAGAAAAGUGGGUAUUAGAGACUGAGAGACAGGUUUUGAGAAAGAGGGGAAGGAAAUGGUGAGAGAAAAGUGAGAAAAAGAGGGAAAAAAGAAGAAGAAGCAAGAGUAGAGAACGAAAGAGAGAAGCUGUGAUUACUUAGAGAGUCAGCCAUUGGACGCUGUUGGAGGUUUUUCUCUUUUCCUUGGUGACUGUCCGACUGUUGGGUUAGGAACUUAGGUGCUCACUGUUUUAGCAACAAAGUAAAUUAAGGUUAAAAGCAUGGCUGCAAUGCUCAACUAUUUCGCCUUUCAAUCCCUUCCUUCAGUUGCUCUCCUACCCGCAAGAGCUCAGAGAUCUCCCAAGUUUUCUGUGACUUCCACUCUCUACAUCAGCUCUAAAGGGAAAGCAAUGUCUUUAGGUCAUGGUAAUGUUAACACAGUCCAUCCCAUGCUACCAGAAAAGGUUGAAAUAUUCAAAUCUAUGGAGGAGUGGGUCAGGAGUGACAUUUUAACUCUCCUAAAACCUAUUGAGAAAUCUUGGCAACCACAAGACUUUUUGCCAAAUCCUACCUCAUAUGGAUUCAUUGAACAACUCAAUGAACUCAGGGAGAGAACAAAGGACAUUCCAGACGACUACUUUGUUGUCUUAGUCGGUGAUAUGAUCACGGAAGAAGCCCUUCCAACUUACCAAGCACUUAUCAAUGGCACAAAAAUUUUUCACGAUGAAACGGGUAGCGAUAACACACCUUGGGCAACAUGGGCAAGGGGAUGGAGUGCAGAAGAAAACAGGCAUGGUGAUCUUCUCAACAAAUACCUCUAUCUUUCCGGACGAGUGGAUAUGAAACAAGUCGAGAAGACAACACACUAUCUGAUUGCAUCAGGAAUGGAUGUGGGCACUAGGACAAGUCCCUACUUUUUUACUAUCUACACAUCAUUUCAAGAAAGAGCAACAUUUAUCUGCCAUGGAAAUACAGCUAAGCUUGCCAUGAAGCAUGGGGACGAAAAGCUUGCCCAAAUAUGUGGCACAAUUGCCGUAGAUGAGAAGCGCCACGAAAUUGCUUAUACCAAAAUAGCUGGGAAGCUUUUCGAACUUGAUCCAAAUGAAACUGUCAUAGCAUUUGCUGACAUGAUGAGGAGGAAAAUAUUAAUGCCAGCCCACUUAAUGUAUGACAGCUAUGAUGAAAAUCUUUUUGAUCACUUUGCAAAUGUUGCCUCUCGGACUGGUGUGUACACAGCCAGGAAUUAUAGAGAAAUAUUGGAACAUUUGGUGGCUAAAUGGAACGUUGAGAAACUAACUGGACUUUCCGGUGAGGGACGAGAAGCCCAGGACUAUGUAUGUGGAUUAGCUCCAAGACUGAGAAAUCUAGAGGAGAGAGCUCUAGCAAGGGCAAAAAAAGCAUCCCCCAUUUCUUUUAGCUGGAUUUUUGGUAGGGAGGUGUAGCCAUAGAUCUGGCUCGUCCUAAACGCUGGAGGUGAAAAAAAAAACCACAGUAGCCAUAAUUUAGCAAAUUAUGGGGGAGUUUGCAAUAAACCAAAUAUUCUCUUCUUUGUAUUUUGUAUUAUAGUCAUCUAAGUUGCUUUUACUCAGAGUUCAUUAGUUUGAA